AUGGCCGCCGUAGCCAACGCCAACGCCAACGCCCAGAACCGUCCAGCCGUCCCCAAUUCCCGUUCCUCCUCCGAGCCCCAAGUUCAACGAGCGCAUCCUGCUGCUCCUCGAGGGCGGGCCAGGCCAAAGCCCAAUAUGUUCCUCAGCGACUUUGAUCCCAUUCAUUUUGGUGGUCCUCAGGCAGCUGGACUAAGAGCGCCAAUUCCCAAUGGCCCUCGGCUGCAUGCUCCAGUUGGCACUCCAUUUUCUGCCUUUUCGAGAAUGCUUGAUGCAUCAGGUGCUUUGAACGUUGGUGGUACCCAAAUACAUGCGUCCGGUGUUAUUUUCUCGAACGGAAGAUCGUAUUCUAUGGCUAUGAAAGACCUUCAGAUCGAAGAAGAACUUGGACGGGGCAAUUAUGGAACUGUCCGGCGCGCCAUUCACAAGCCAACAAAGUUACAGAUGGCUAUGAAGGAAAUCCGUCUAGAACUGGAUCUCAACAAGCUAGAAUCCAUAGUCCGGGAGCUUGAAAUACUACAAUCCGCAUCGGCGCCUAACAUCGUCGAGUUUCAUGGCGCUUUUACGGUCGAAAGCUGUGUCUACUAUCUUAUGGAAUAUAUGGAUGCCGGUAGUCUCGAUCAACUUACUGCUUUUGAAGCUGGUGAAUCGUACACUGUUGGUAACGAGACUGUUGUGUGGGAACGGGUACCGGAAGAUGUCCUGGCUCGUAUAGCAGGGAGUAUGGUCCGCGGUUUAAAGUUCUUGAAGGACGAAAGAGAGGUCAUGCAUCGUGAUGUCAAGCCGACGAACGUUUUGGUCAAUUUAAAAGGUCAGAUCAAACUUUGCGACUUCGGCGUUUCAAAGCAGCUAGAAAAGUCGCUGGCGAAAACAAAUAUCGGUUGCCAGAGUUAUAUGGCCCCCGAGCGGAUUCAUGGUGAAACUAGGGGCAACUUGGGAGCAUACACGGUGGCCGCCGAUGUUUGGUCCUUGGGUCUCUCGGUUAUCGAAAUCGCCAUGGGGAAGUACCCAUACCCUCAAGAAUCAUAUCAGAAUGUCUUUGCUCAGCUACACUACAUCAUCAACGGCGACAUACCUACUCUUCCCGAUGGAUACAGUGAUGUUGCCUGUGGCUGGGUGGCAAGAUGUCUAGAACGAAGUCCAAACCGUAGAGCGGCGUACACGGAACUUCUGGAGCACGGAUUUCUCAAGGAUGAGGACAAGAAGGAUACGGAUGUCGCCCAGUGGGUUGCUAAGGCAAUCAAAUUUAGAGACUCCAAGCGUGUAUCGAGACGGUCGGUGCCCGGGGAGGCUUCAACUCUGUGA